AUGACUUCCACCCCAGACACCGUCGAGUACAAGGGGACUUGCCAUUGUGGCCGGUUCCAAUUCAAAUUACAUCUCUUCCGCCCCUUGGAAGCAGUGCAUGCAUGUCAUUGCACACUCUGUGCCAAGAAGGGGUACCUGUGGCUAUUCCCUGCUGAACAAGAAUUUCAAGUAACACGGGGGGCUGGGGAGCUGGUUUGCUACGACUCUAGUAAUGGGGGUCAUGGAGAGCAUAUGUUCUGUCCGACUUGUGGGACGGGGCUAUCGGUAAGGGAACAUCAGAUGCCGUCGGGGGAGGUUGGGAUGGGGGUAAACGCGCGGGCGUUGGUGGGAGUUAAUCCGUUCAAGCUAAGGGUUGAGAGUUAUACUCCGGGCAAUAUGUCGCAUGAUAGUUCUCCCACGGAGCUCAACCACAUUGACACUGACACCCCAUCCGAGAAGAUCUACACCGGUGGCUGCCACUGCACCGCAGUCCGCCUGUUUGUCCAAACCAAACCACUACCGGAGAUUGAAGUGAAGGAGGAUAACUGCAGUAUUUGCCAGCGGAACGCCAAUAUCUGUAUAUAUCCCCACCGGUCACACGUUACUCUCCACGGCGAAGAGAACUUGACAGAGUAUCGCUUUGGAAGGGGAUUCACAGGACACCAAUUCUGCAAGAUAUGCGGUGUGCAACUGAGUAUGAAGUUGCAUGGACCGCCUCAGUCCGUGGUGGAUAGUCUUCCGCUAGAGAAGCAAGAGAUUGUGAAGCAGAAGUUGGCUAUUGUGCCGAUCCGAGUGGCGGUUCUGGAUGGGGUGGAGUGGGCGGAUUUGAAGAUUGAGAGAACGGAUGAGGGUACAGAAGGGUAUGUUGUUGACUGA